AUGAUGGAGCAUCGACCACACGAGUUUGAUCCCGCAACUCUUCCGAACAAAGAACAACAGACUCCAAAAUCACCACGAAUGGAAAAACGGAGUUUGCGAGCUCGUUCCAAAAUACCAACAGUUGACCAAUCAGUUCUCGACAAACCAAAAUGCAUCAAAAUUUUGUCCUUGAACUGUUAUCUGGUAUCUGAUCUCGCUCUGUCGGCUCAUGAACGCCAGUUUUGUUGUGACAAACAGGAGCGUGCUCAGAAGAUCGGAAAAUUUGCAGCACAACACGACGUGAUUGCAUUACAAGAAGUUUGGGGUGAUUCAUUGUGGCCACUUGAACGAGAACUCAUCGAGAGCCACGAACGAGCAUUCAAUACCUAUACAUAUUCAUCUUCAUUGUUAAACGUGGCUUCUCUUUGGUGGAAAGGCACUGGCGGUCUAUGGUUGGGAGCUCAGCGCUCAGUGUUGCCGAUCUUGACAGCACGAAGAGUUCAAUUCAAACAUAGCCAGACGCGAUCCGGAAAAGGCUCUAGCUACAUGCUACUAGAUGCAAAGGCGAUGUGGGGUGAAGAAAGUUACUUACUCAUGAUUGAUACACAUUUGGAUCCCACUAAUGAAGGCCAUUCACAGGAAAUCCAAUUACGGGAACUUGUACAAUUCAUUGGAGAAGCCCUCCGUGAAAUUCGAAGUGUGAUUGGUUCGUUCAAUAAAGUAGCAAUCUUGCUCUGCGGAGACUUUAACAUUGAUGGCAAAUUCAAAGGACAACAUGAAUUGAUCACCACUGGUCUUGGAAAUGGAGUUCGUGACCUUGGCCUUGAAUGGGCCACCUCACAGAAUCAAUCACUCGAGACGACAUACGGUGGUAAUUGA